GGGCGGGCGGCUUCCCAGGGAAGUCGCGCGCAUGCGCAGGAGAGGGGCGGUCGUCCGAGAUGCUGCGGCGGAAACCGACCCGCUUGGAGCUGAAGUUGGACGACAUUGAGGAGUUCGAGGGGGCCCGCAAGGAGCUCGAGAGCCGUAAGAAGCAGCGUGAAGACGUGGACGUGGUGGGAGCCAGCGACGGCGAUGCCGCCCUCGGGCUGAGCGCAGACCCCAAGGCCCAGGAGCAGAUGAUACACGACAGGAUCGGCUACAAACCUCAGCCCAAACCAAACAAUCGGUCGGCUCAGUUUGGGAACUUUGAGUUCUAGGAACGGAGCGUUAGCACCGGUGCUUAUCGCGGUGAGCGUGGGGCUACGAAGGGAUCGUUCUGGAUUGAUAAAGAGCUAGUUUGGAAACGUGAACGGGCAUGCCUUCUCAUGGCGUUAAAAGAAUUCAGUCUUCUAGCAACCUGAGACCCAACUCUUCCCGAAAGAGACAAUGGGUGUUUCCUUUAAAAGAUUCCUUUUUGCAAACCCCUUAGAUGGCAUGUCUCAAAUAAAUAUGUACGUGUGUGUUUUAAAA